GUGCUAUUCUAAGUGCUUUACUUCAAGCAAUGAUGUUAAUUCUUCACAAUAGACCUUUGAGACAGGUACUGUCAUCCCAUUUUAGGGUUGAGAAAAGACGUAAGGAAGAUGGCAGAGGUGGGAUAUGAGUCCCAUCGUUGUGGUUCCGGACUCCUCAUUCUAGCCAUCUUGAGGCCUUGCUGGCCCUUCUCAUAAUGGGCCAGGAGCUGGACUAGGGGCUAGGGGUAGACUCCCAUCUUCCAAAGGGGUCUGGGGAUCCCAUGCCCCCACAUCACUGCUUCCUUCUUCUGCCCGGGUUUCCUGGAAAGUGUGACAGAAGCGCUGCGGUCGGAAGUCCUGCGGUCACGGCCCCCCUCGAGGCUGCAGACCUCGCCCGGAUGGGGGGGCCCCGGUGCCUCCUCCUGACUGCCGCGCUGCUCCUGGCCCCGGCGGCGCCUCGGGGGGCCUCCCAGCACUGCGGGCGCCUCGAGUACUGGAACCCUGAUAACCGGUGCUGCGGCAGCUGCCUGCAGCGCUUUGGGCCGCCCCCCUGCCCGGACUACGAGUUUUCGGAAAACUGCGGGCUCAAUGACUCUGGCGAUCACGUGUCCCGCCCCUUCAAAGAGUGUCCUAUUGGACAGUGCAACCCCGACAAUGCGGAGCUAUGUAGCCCCUGUGGCGGCGGAGCCACGGCGCCUGCUCCCGCGGGGAGCCGGAGCGGAACACAGCGGCGCUGCAGAGAGAGGUCGGUCCCUCCGAAGGAGCCCUGCCCCCUGAAGUCUGGGAGACCAGUGGUCCUUAGCUCCCAGGAGCCCGGCCCAUCGGCGAUCUCCAGUCUUUCGUGGACAUUGGAGCGCAAGGUCGCUCAGCAGGCCUUGCCGGAUUUUGCCCUGCCGGUCGUGCUGGUUCUCAUGGUGCUGGGUCUGCUGGUGACCUCAGCAGUGAUCCUCCUGCUCGCCCAGCGGUGCCACCGCCGGGCGAAAGUUGUCCUCCACCCAUGUCCUGGCGUGGUUUGUGGCAACACCAACAUCCAUACCCUCUUCCCCGCACACUCGUCCUCUUCAGGCUCCCAGGAGGCAUCCGAGGCAGGGGCCCCACCGAAGGAGGCGGCUCUGGUUCCACUCGUGGGCAGAGAACUGCCGAAGCUGGCCUCGCAGCCCCUGUCUCGCCUGCUGGAGGAGCUGGAGGUGCUGGAGGAGCUCGUGGUGCUGCUGGAUCCCGAGCCUGGGCCGGGUGGGGGGACGGCCUGUGGCACCACGAGACACCUGGCAGCGAGGUACGGGCUGCCUGCCGCCUGGUCCACCUUCGCCUACUCACUGCGGCCCAGGUGCUCGCCGCUGCGGGCCUUGGUUGAGAUGGUGGUGGCGAGGGAGCCCUCUGCUUCUCUGGGCCAGCUCGGCACACACCUGGCCCAGCUGGGGCGGGCAGACGCGCUGCAGGUGCUGUCCAAACUCGGCUGAUCCGGGCCUUGCCCAGCCUCGUUCUCAAUAAAGUUUCCCGUGAAAUAAG